AAACCACUCGCAUCAAAACCCUAGCUCCAUAUCUCCUCGUCAUAUUUAGGGUUCUUGCCUCUCUUUCCCUCUCUAUCUGCCGCUCUCAUACCAGACCCCUACUGCGGCUGCAACUCAAAAUCCCAAAUGGCUUCAGAGAAGAAGUUAGCGAACCCCAUGAGGGAGAUCAAGGUCCAGAAGCUGGUCCUAAACAUCUCUGUUGGUGAGAGUGGAGAUCGACUCACCAGAGCCGCGAAGGUGUUGGAGCAACUCAGUGGACAAACACCCGUUUUCUCCAAAGCAAGGUACACUGUUCGAUCCUUCGGUAUCAGGCGUAAUGAGAAGAUUGCCUGCUAUGUCACUGUUAGGGGUGACAAGGCCAUGCAACUUUUGGAGAGUGGAUUGAAGGUGAAGGAAUAUGAGUUGCUAAGAAGGAACUUUAGUGAUACUGGUUGUUUUGGAUUUGGUAUCCAGGAGCACAUUGAUUUGGGAAUCAAGUACGAUCCUUCAACUGGUAUUUAUGGGAUGGAUUUCUUUGUUGUUUUGGAGCGUCCGGGUUAUCGUGUUGGCCGUCGUCGUAGAUGCAAGUCUCGUGUUGGGAUCCAGCACAGGGUCACCAAGGAUGAUGCCAUGAAAUGGUUCCAGGUCAAAUAUGAGGGUGUGAUCCUUAACAAGUCCCAGCAGCUUUCAGCUUCCUAGUUCCUUAGGAUUGUCUGCAUAUUUCAAUUUUAAGUUUUGUCGAAGCUUGAGUUAAUGUUUGGUGGACCAAAUUCUGUUAAUUUGUUGUUUUUUGAAUUAUAAGUUUUUGGAAGUACCCUUUAAGCUUUUGUAGUUAUGGCAUAUGAUGAGUUCCCGAGUUGCCUCGAA